AGAUACAUUGACAGGCUAUCUAUAACGUAUCUUUAUCUCGACACACAUACAAUGAGCGAUUGCCUUACAUAAGGUUCAUUUUAUAUCUCUACACUCCAGCGCAAUAUCAUUCGAUGAAGGUACGUGCGUAAUAAUAUCCGUGUGCGAUACCGAAAUUCGUUAACUUGUUGGGCACACAUGUACGUACGUUACAUGUGUGUUGCGUUCAAAUUUUCAAAUCGAAAAUCGAAUUCUCUCUUGCCGUAUAAAUUAAAUUCUUUUAUUUUGUAGAAUUCGAGGAAGAAUUUUAUAAAGACGAGAAUAUAUUUAAUCUACGGCAUUUAAAAUUUGAUAAGAGUGUCAGCAUUUGCACAGCGGCGUCUGUUCAGAAGAUACUGCGCGAUGGUCCGACAAGCUUUCGUUGGCCCGCUGAUUCACACGGAUGACAACGGAACACUGAUUAUUAUUCAGCUCGGUGUUGUAAUAGUCGAGGAUGGCAAGAUUAACGCCGUCUUGUCAGGCGCUGACGCGUCAGCAGCGGGGAGUUGCGAUGAAGUCUUUACCUUGGACAAUGGGCAAUUUCUUAUACCUGGAUUCAUCGACGCUCACACCCACGCGGUCCAGUUACCAAAUCUCGGGAUAGGCUACGACAAAAGUCUCCUGGACUGGCUGGAGACCUACACCUUCCCGUUGGAGAGGAGCUACACUGACGUCAAUCUUGCAACACGAGUUUUCGAAGCGGCUGUGAAACAGACCAUCAGAACGGGCACAACGACAGCGUGCUACUUUGCAUCCUUGUACGCCGAGGCGUGCACGAUCCUUGCGCAAAAAGCUGUGCAGUUCGGUCAACGAGCUUUCGUCGGAAAGGUAAACAUGAACCAGCCGCGCGACGAUGGAUAUUACGAAACCACCGAAGCGUCGAUCGGAAACACCGAACGUUUCGUGAAAGAGAUUCAACAGUUGGAGAGUCCACUCGUAAAGCCGAUCAUCACGCCGAGAUUCGCGCUAAGCUGCGAUAUGGAAUUGAUGCAGGCGUUGGGGAAGAUGGCCCGAGAAAUGGAUCUGCACGUACAGACUCAUGUUUCCGAAAAUAUAGCCGAGAUAGAAGCGGUGAUGGAGGCUUUCCAACAACAAUCCUCGUAUGCUGCCAUUUAUGAUGCCGCUGGUCUUCUUACGCCUAAGACGGUAUUGGCGCACGGAGUUUACCUUACGGACACUGAGCUCACUUUGCUUGCAACACGUGAAACGGCUAUAAUCCACUGUCCAUCUUCUAACACGUCCCUGAGAAGCGGUAUCUGCGAUGUGCAGAGGCUCAGAGCUAAAAAUAUUAAAGUCGGCCUCGGAACAGAUGUUUCAGGUGCAUCGAGUUUCAGCAUGUUAGAGGCGAUGAGGUCGGCUUUACAAGUGUCAUACCAGCUGUCCAUGUUGAAGGAUAAUUAUACACCGCUCAGUUACAAAGAUGUCUUUCAUAUGGCGACUUUAGGAGGUGCUAAUGCGCUCUCAAUCGGUGAUAAAGUUGGCAAUCUGCUGCCAGGCAAGGAAUUUGACGCUCUCGUCAUCGACUUAAACGCAGAUGGCAGCGUGUUGGACGAUUUAAAGGACACCGGAUAUACACUUGAGGAGAAGCUCCAAAGAUUAAUAUAUUCCGGCGAUGAUCGCAAUAUAGUGUCGGUAUAUAUAAGUGGUAGGAAGGUCAAAUGAGUUUUCCACUUUUGUACACUUUAAAUGAUUUUAUAAGUUACAUUUUUGGAAACAGCGAAUGUAACUGCAAUAAGAUAAGCUUCGUAAACGCUUUCGACGAAGA